UAAACAACAGGGCUAUAAAUGUCAGUGUCAGGCUUUGGCUUUGGCUUUGCGGAGCUUCCCUCUUAGAGCAAAGAGAGAGAGGAAGCAAACUGGUCCCGAGGGGUUGCGACAACCCCAGCAAUGUGGAGAAGCCUAGGGCUGGCCCUGGCUCUCUGUCUCCUCCCCUAUGGAGGGACAGAGAGCCAAGGCCAAAGCCCUGCUUGUAAACAACCUCCAGCCUGGAGCAUAGGGGAUCAAAAUCCAAUGCUCAACUCUGAGGGUACAGUGACCGUGGUGGCUCUCCUUCAGGCCAGCUGAUACCUGUGCCUUCUACAGGCAUCCAGACUGGAAGACCUGCGCCUGAAACUAGAGAACGAAGGCUACUCUAACAUUUCUUACAUUGUUGUGAACCAUCAAGGAGCCCCCUCUCAACUGAAACACACACACCUUAAGAGUCAUGUGUCAGACCAUAUUGCUGUUUACCGACAAGAAGAACACCAGACAGAUGUCUGGACUCUCCUAAAUGGAAACAAAGACGACUUCCUCAUAUAUGACAGAUGUGGCCGUCUCGUGUAUCACCUGGGCUUGCCCUAUUCCUUCCUCACUUUCCCGUAUGUCGAAGAAGCCAUUAAGAUCGCUUACUGUGAGCAGAAGUGUGGAAACUGCUCUCUCACGAGUCUUGAAGAUGAAGACUUCUGUAAAAAUGUGUCCUCAGCUGCCGUGGGUAGCACAGCGGAGCCCUCAAAGACACAUCACCACCACAAGCACCAUCACAAACAUGGGCAUGGGCAUCUUGGGGGCAGUGAGCUGUCAGAGAAUGAGAAACCAGGGGCACUAGAUGCUAAGCCAGCUUUGCCACCUUCAGCCUUACAACAUCCCCAGCCCAAGCAGGGUCACUUAGAGAGCUGAGACAUGCAGGCGAGCGAAGGCCUACAGCUUUCACUUGCUCAGAGGAAGCUUUGCCGGAAGGGGUGCCUAAACCAGCUCCUGUGUAAGUUGUCCCAGGAGUCCGGGACGACUGCCAGCAGCUGCUGCUGACACUGCCGCCAUCUCAUAUUUGAGAAGUCGGGGUCCGCAAUCACCUGACAGUGCGCUGAAAACCUCCCGUCCCUGUGUAGCUGACAGGGACUUUUUGCGGAGGAGAAAGUCAUCGAAUCUUGACAGUGUCGGGCUCCUCCGGCUGCCUGACGGAGUCAGCCACCAAACCCCACAGAAGCCAGCCCCACCUGAAGCUGAAAGAAUAAGACCAAAAAGUGA